ACUUCGCCUUCUAUCUCAAUUUGCUCCCUGUAGUUCAGUUCAUGUUUCAUGGCCCGCGGCCUGAAGCUCAGGGCAUGGAGCUGCGUUCGCCAACUCAUGAGCUCCGGCGGUUCCAUCUCAGUGUCAGUCACCGUCUCUCCCCGGAGAGCAGACGGAGAAGGAUCAUCCAGUCCUCUACCACCGGGCAGGACCUCAAAGGCCGGUCAGUAGCAGUUGUAGGCUUGGGAAAAUCCGGGAGAGCUGCAGCGUGGCUUGCUCUUGCCAGAGGUGCUUCAGUGUUAGCCAUUGAUCGGGACAAGAAACUGUGCCCACUGGAGCAUGAUCCUGCUUUCGAAAAUCAUGACGAGAUAAGAACAAUCCUUGGUAAGAUUGACAUCGAGCAACUUCACAGUGCAGAUACAAUAGUUGUCUCCCCUGGAGUCCCCCUCGAUAACUAUGGCCUUCGGUCACUGUUGCAGUCGGGAGUUCAAGUGAUGUCAGAGCUGGACUUUGCUGCCAAAGUGCUUCCUAAUAGUAUUAAAAUUUUAGCGGUCACAGGAACUAAUGGAAAAUCUACUGUUGCAACGUUUGCUGGACAGAUAUUAAAUCAUUGCGGAGUUGAGGCGUUUGUGGGAGGAAACCUUGGAAAUCCACUCUCAGAGCUUGCUUAUCAGUACAUCAAAAUGCCAUCUGUGGAGUCCGAGAUCAAGGUUGCUGUGGUGGAGGUUAGCAGUUAUCAGAUGGAAAUUCCAUGCGAGCACUUCCACCCAUCGGUUUCUAUAAUUUUAAAUCUGACCCCUGAUCAUCUAGAAAGGCACGGGACAAUGAGGAAUUAUGCUGCAUGCAAAUGCCGCUUGCUUUCUCACAUGAAUAAUACCAGGCUAGGACUUAUUCCAUUCGGGAAUCAGCUCUUGAAUGAAGCAAUAAUGGACUAUGUGGAUGAUUUUAGUCUUGCUUGGAUAGGAUCUUUUCCUGGUGUGAAGAUUAAUACAGAAGCUAAGAUUGCCAGUUUGAACGUUCCUGAUAUUGGAGUCAAUUCACUACUGGAUCUUGGGAAAUUGAAGGCUAUUGGAACCCACAAUUACCAGAAUGCUGCAGUGGCUGCAUUAUCUGUUCUUGGACUAGAUAUUCGAAUUGAUCCUGAAUCGAUCAACUUGGCAAUUGAAACUUUAAUGCCACCACCCCAUCGGAUGCAACUUGUGCAUGAAGAUUCUCGAGGAGUGACAUGGGUGGAUGAUAGCAAGGCAACCAAUGUGGAAGCAACAUUGGCAGGGCUGAUGAGUAUGAAAGGACGAAAGUCUGUUGUUCUACUUGGUGGCCUUGCAAAGGUGAAGGAUUCACAAGAUUCUGAUGGUUUUGAAGUUUUGGUUGAACUUCUAAAGGAUCAUAGAUGUGUGAUAACAUUUGGCUCUUCAGGGAAGCAGAUUUAUCAAACUUUGUCUGCCAGUGGACUUAGCACUCCCUGCAUUCAAGCUUCAGGCUUGAAAGAUGCUGUCAGGCUUGCAAGAGAGAUGGCAAAACAUGGGGACACAGUUUUGCUCAGCCCAGGUUGUGCGAGCUUUGAUGAGUUCAAUAAUUUUGAACACAGAGGGGAUGUUUUCAAGGAGCUUGCAAUCUCAUUGAAGAGUUCCAUCGAAUCUAUCGGAAGCGUAUCUGCUCAGUCUUAAGCUGACCUGCAUUUUGCUCCAAUGAAUAAUGAAUUAGGUGUGAAAUCAUUGGAUGACUACUAUAUUUUCUUGCGGAGAUAAGGAUUCCCAUUCCCAGGUCGUGUCCAUAUCUUCAGAGGGUAGCUGAAAGCUGCAGGUGCGAUGGUGGUGGGCAAGCUUCUUUUCUUCUCGGCCAAGCAAGUCGGAUCAUUGAAGCUCUGAAACACUCCCCCAGGAAUGGCUGACAGCCAACUUAUGCCAAAUCAGUCGAUUUACUGGAGGCCCUUAAAGGCCAAAAGAAAAGCAUGCACCAACUUUAGCAGGUAGGUAUUGAGCCGUCCGACCUGUAUAUUAUUGCGACGGUUCCAUCUUGUUCUCUUUAUUAUCCUUCUUGGCUUGAAAAAGCUAAUGUAUGGUUUACUUUCAAAAAGGUUAUAAUCUAGUCUC